AUGGCAUCCACCACCACCUCGCCCCCCAAUUCCACCCCCCCGACAUCCCUCCCCCCGACGACCCCCUCCCCCCCCCCUCUUCCACAACCCCCACGACCGCCUCUCCACAACCUUCGCCGGCCGCCUCCUCCUGUGCAACAUCGGCGCCUUCAGCACCGGCCUGGCCCUCGGCGGGUCCCUCGGCAGCCGCGCGGCCUCACUGCGCUUCCGCGCCGAGAACGCGCACCGCCUGCCGGCCAGCGAGCGCGGCUGGUACUUCUACCACAAGUCGAAAAACUACUACACCGCGCUGGGCGGCGUGCGGCAGGGCGUGCGCACGGGCGCGAGGGUGGCCGCGUGGGUGAGUCUGUUUGUGGUCACGGAGGAGGCGGUGGACCGUGUGAUGGCCGGAAGGAUGUGGUGGGGACGGUGGUGGCGGGGUUGAGUGUUGCGGGGUUUUUUAGUGUGUGGAACAGGCUGUCCUACAGCAUGGCGAUAACGUCUGCGAAACGGGGGCUGGCGUUUGGGGUCGUGUUUGGGCUUGCGCAGGACCUGCUGAGGUUGCGGAGGAGAUGGGAGUGGAGUGCGCUGGAAACGACGACGACGGAGAAGCAGCAGGCGAGUGGAUGA